CCUACCAUUUAGGGUUUCAUUUCUAGUGUCACAUCCAAAACCCCCCAUCGUUCAUUUCAUGUAUAUCUACGAAACUCAUUUUAGUGCCCAAAAAUUUGUUUGAAUCUUCGUCCAAAAACAUCCAAAUCCAAUAAAGCUUUUGGGGCUUCAAUAUCCAAUCAUAGCCGAUUGAAAAGAUUUGACAGAAAAAGCUUCAAGCUUUGAGCUUGCCAUUUGUAUAUAGCUGUUGUGUUAUUUAUUAAGAGAGGAAGGGAGAGUUUUUAUGGGGAAAUCAGGGGGUAGAAAGAAGAAGGGUGGUUCAAACCAAAUUUCAGGUGAUAAUAAUUCAAACCCAAAUGCUAAUGGUGGUGCUGAUUCGGAUUCUUAUGUAUUUUUGAAGAGAGCCCAUGAGCUUAAAGAAGAAGGGAAUAGGAGGUUUCAGAAUAAGGACUAUGUGGGUGCUCUUGAGCAGUAUGAUAAUGCUCUUAGGCUUACCCCGAAAACCCACCCGGAUAGGGCUGUCUUUCACAGCAAUAGAGCGGCUUGUCUGAUGCAAAUGAAGCCUAUAGAUUUUGAAACUGUGAUUGCUGAGUGCACUAUGGCACUCCAGGUUCAGCCACGGUUUGUCAGGGCCCUCCUUAGAAGGGCUCGGGCAUUUGAGGCGAUAGGAAAGUAUGAGAUGGCAUUGCAGGAUGUGCAAGUGUUAUUGGGAGCUGAACCAAAUCACCAUGAUGCUCUUGAUAUUGCCCAGCGACUACGGACAGCCCUUGGACCUCGUCAGGAAGCUCAGCAAGAUCUCCAAAGCCGGCCGUCCCCUGCUGCCCUUGGGGCUUCUGCCGUUCGUGGUGCGCCAAUUGGUGGGUUGGGACCAUGUCUACCAGCUCGGCCUGUACAAAAGAAGGCAAAUAUGCCAUCAGGGGUGUCUGUCAUAUCGGCAAACAAUAAGCCAGAGAAGCCUCAAACCAAUCUACCAACUGACAAUGGUUCUGAACCCAAAUCCCAAUUGACAAAACUUGUACUGAAGCCUUCAAAUGGUUCAACAAAGCCUCAUAAUUUAAGCAACCGAAAGGAAUUGGCACCUUCUUUAUCAGUUUCAAAUACAGUUAAUAGGAAGCAUUUAGAUGUUGCAAUUCAAUGGAGGCAGUUGAAACUUGUUUAUGAUCAUGACAUAAGGCUAGCCCAAAUGCCUGUGAAUUGCAGUUUCAAAGUGUUGAGGGAGAUUGUGACAAAAAGAUUUCCAUCAUCAAAGUCAGUCUUAAUCAAGUACAAGGAUAAUGAUGGCGAUCUUGUCACUAUAACCUCUACCGCUGAACUGAGGUUGGCAGAGUCUUGUGCGGACAGCCUUAUUCCAAAAGAUCCUGAAUUAGAUAAAGCAGAGUCAAUUGGCAUGUUGAGAUUGCAUGUUGUGGAGGUGAGUCCUGAGCAAGAGCCACCUAUACUGGAAGAAGAAGAGGAGAAGCCUGUAGAGAAUGAAGGCAUCAAAGGGGAUGAAAGUGGGUCUCAUUCGUCACUUGGUGAAUCUUUGCUGGAAGUGGCUGAUUCUGAAAUUGAUAAGGUAGACAAAGAAGCUCCAAAGGAGAAACCAGGAGUUUCUGAAGAUCCUGACUGCAAGGAACUGGAAAUGGAUGAUUGGUUGUUUGAGUUUGCCCAACUUUUCAGAACUCAUGUUGGUAUUGACCCAGAUGCUCAUAUUGAUUUUCAUGAGCUUGGAAUGGAGCUCUGUUCAGAGGCUCUUGAGGAGACAGUGACUAGCGAAGAAGCUCAAAGUCUUUUUGACAAGGCUGCCUCAAAGUUCCAGGAGGUGGCUGCGCUGGCUUUUUUCAACUGGGGAAAUGUUCAUAUGUGUGCAGCAAGGAAACGAAUUCCCUUAGAUGAGUCUGCUGGAAAGGAUAUGGUGGCAACACAGCUUCAAACAGCUUAUGACUGGGUUAAGGAAAAAUAUUCCUUGGCUAAAGAUAAGUAUGAGGAGGCACUCUUGAUUAAGCCGGACUUUUAUGAGGGUUUGCUUGCACUGGGACAACAACAAUUUGAAAUGGCCAAACUUCAUUGGUCAUUUGCACUUGCUAAGAAAAUAGAUCUUUCAAGCUGGGAUUCUGCAGAAACAUUGAAACUUUUUGAUAGUGCAGAGGAGAAGAUGAAAGUUGCAACUGAGAUGUGGGAGAAACUUGAGGAGCAGAGAGCAAAGGAACUAAAAGAUCCAAAUGCAAGCAAGAAGGAAGAACUGUUGAAAAGAAGGAAAAAACAAGCAAGUGGUAAUGAGGGUGAAUCCUCUGGUGCAGGUGGUCAGGUUGAGAUUUCAGCAGAUGAAGCGGCAGAGCAAGCAGCAGUAAUGAGAUCGCAGAUCCAUCUGUUUUGGGGUAACAUGCUUUUUGAGCGAUCCCAAGUAGAGUGCAAAUUGGGGCUAGGUGGUUGGAAGAAAAAUCUGGAUGCUGCUGUUGAGCGCUUUAAGCUUGCUGGAGCUUCUGAGGCUGACAUUUCAAUGGUUCUGAAGAACCAUUGUUCCAAUGGAGAUUCAGUGGAAGGAGAUGGGAAAAAGAUUCAGAACAUCAACGGCGUUGAAGCAAAUAAGGAGGAUAACAGUAUAUCUGGGAAGUAACAUGGUCAGUUAGGAUGAUUAUUUCCCUGAAACACCUUCAUAGUUUUCUUUUUAAUCAUGAGUUGCACUGGCGAAACAAAAGCUUUUUCUCAUCUAAAUGGUGGAAUUCAGAAAUUCCUUUUAUUUGGUUCUUAAAAUUUGGGUGCCAAACAUGCAGUUGUGUUGUUCGAAAGAUUACAGGCGUUGCAUUCUCAAUGUAACUUCCAAGGUGAAAAUUUUUCUCGACUUUACUGCAGUACUAAGGAUUAUUGAAGUGUUUGACGUGAUGUUCUAAUGCUCUGCUUUUUUCGCAUGCUGCUUUGGUUUGGUGCAGGAUCGUUUGUAGAUGCAAUUUUUGGUCUUUGUAGGACUUGCGAGUCAAGAUUUUGCAAUUUAUAUCUGGUUCUAAUAAACUAAUUUUAUUUGCUAA